UUUGAAAAAAAAAAAAAAAAUGAAUAUACUCGGGGUAAAGAGUGAAUCGACACGUGAAGGAUACACAAAAUUGAAGAAUAAAGACCAUUUGUCUCCCGUCAAUGAGGAAAAAAUCAAGAAAGCCACUGAUUUUAAUACUAUAUUUGACGUAAAAAUGGAUGAACUACGUGAAGCGCAUAUGAUGCAACUUACCGAAAUCCGGUAUGAAAUUUACAAAAAACAAGGUGCCAUUGAUGAACUUGAAGAUUUCAACGAAAAACUCACACUUGCUCAUCGUCGUCUCAACAAUGAUCAUGAAAACCUGCAGCAAAUAUACGAUGAGCAAUGUACCAAACUACAAGAGUAAGUAUAGAACA